AUUAAUGGCUUCAAUUAAAAUGUGAUCGGAAUCCAUUUUAUUAGUUCUUCCCUCCAACCAAAUUUUUUCUAUAUUCUAUAUGUAUAGUCAAAAAUCGAAUCUCAGAUUACUUGCUUAAGAGGCUCAAGAGUCUUGCAAAUUGGACCAAUUCAUUAUCGUUGGUUUAAAACAAUUUAUUGGCAUUGAAUUUGAAUAUAUUACACACCAAGAUUAUCCGCAAAUUAAAUGUACUAUUUCAGUCACAAUUCGAACUCGGAUUUUUCUAACUAAUUUGUUCUUAACUGAAAUUUAUUAAUCACUUUAUUCUAAAUAUUGUUGGGUCCAUUGAUUUACAAAAUUAAGGUCAAUUUAUAAGGGCCUUCCUCUGGUAAUUGAAGCAAAAGCAUGAGCCUCAUGGAAGCUAUUGAUGAAAUUUUGCUCUUUAGACGCUCUCAAACCCUCCAAAUUUUCGGUUUUGCCUUUAGAACAAAAUGGAAAAUUGAAGGGUUUAGGAGCAAUUAGGGAUUCUAUAGAACAAAAUUCUUGAUGGAAACUCGUAUUGUUUGUCUUAGUGAUUUGGGCUUGAUGGAAAUAUCCAUUGUUUGUCUAUUGAGUUGGACUAUUUAUGAUGUUGGGUCCUUGGAGGAAAGUCAAGUAUGUUGCUCAUAUGCUAGCGUGGAUAGAGAUCUUCUUUUGUCGCCCUACGCGUUUUCACUUUUAUCUUUCUGCUACUUAAAUAACGGACGUUAUAAAGAUAGGAUGAUUUUUGGGUAUCCGAUACCUAAGCAACGAACAUGAGGUAUUUUGGCAAAUUCAUAACGCGCGUGAGAAAAAUGGUAGGAUGACAAAAAUAAAUCUCUCACUACGAUGUGUAAGCUUCAUUCUUUGACUUUUCUCACAAGUUCAAUUACGCGUUAGUAGUUAGUUGUAGAAAUAUCUUGCUUCAAAGGAAAAGUUAUGGAAAUUUCUUGCUUUUUAAGUACUGUAUUUUCCAUGUUUGACCUGAGUUGACUUCACUUUUUUCUGUUAUUGCUUCAUCUCGCUACUCAAAUUUUCAAUUCUCAAUACAACUAUCGAUUCUGUUUCUUGAUUCCUAUUUCCAAACCAGGAUGGAAGCCCUUGCUGUUACAAUCUUGGAAAAAUUGAGUUCUUCUGCUUACAAAGAGCUUGGAAUCAUUUGGAAUCUCAAAGAGGAUAUCGAACGAAUGAGGAAUACAGUUUCCAUGAUAAAAGCUGUGCUCCUCGAUGCAGAGGCCAAAGCCAAUAAUCAUCAAGUUAGUAAUUGGUUGGAGGAGCUGAAAGAUGUACUUUAUGAUGCAGAUGAUGUGCUAGAUGAUUUUUCCAUCGAAGAUUUGAAUAGAAAAGUGAUGGCUAGAAACAGCAUAGUAAGACAGACACAAAUUUUCUUCUCAAAAUCAAACAAACUUGCUUAUGGCCAUAAAAUGAAGGCAAUCCAAAAGAGGCUAGAUGACAUUGCUAAAAUUAAGCAUGCACUGCAACUGAAUGACCGUCCUAUCGAGAAUCCAAUUGUAUAUCGGGAACAAAGACAAACUUACUCUUUUGUGAGUAAAGAUGAAGUUCUUGGAAGAGAUGAGGAAAAGAAAUGCAUUAAACGUUAUCUACUUGACAUCAAUGCAACAGAUAAUGUUUCGAUAAUUCCCAUAGUCGGCAUUGGAGGCUUAGGUAAGACUGCACUUGCACAAUUAGUUUACAAUGAUAAUGAUGUUCAAAAGCAUUUUGAACUAAAAAUGUGGGUGUAUGUCUCGGAUGAAUUUGAUAUAAAGAAAGUAGCUCAAGAUAUCAUCGGGGACGAAAAGAAUAGUAAGAUGGAGCUAGUGCAACAAAAACUUAGAAACAAAAUUGAAGGGAAGAAGUUUUUGCUUGUGUUAGACGACAUGUGGAAUGAGGAUCGUGAGUUGUGGCUUAAAUUGAAGAGCUUGUUCGUGGAAGGAGGAAAAGGAAGCAUGAUAAUUGUUACAACCCGUAGUCAUACUGUGGCAAAAAUAACAGGCACACAUCCACCCCUUUUCUUAAAAGGUUUGGAUUCACAGAAAUCCCAGGAGCUAUUCUCUCGAGUAGCUUUCGGUGAGUUGAAAGAACAAAAUGAUUUGGAGUUGUUAGAUAUAGGAAGGGACAUUGUUAAGAAAUGUGCUGGCAUUCCCCUCGCCAUAAGAACUAUCGGCAGCCUUUUGUUUUCUCGAAAUUUGGGAAGAAGAGAUUGGCUAUAUUUCAAGGAUGUUGAGUUUUCAAAGAUAGAUCAACACAAGGACAAAAUCUUUGAAAUCCUUAAAUUGAGUUAUGAUCAUCUUCCCUCAUUUCUGAAAAAAUGUUUUGCUUAUUGUUCAUUGUUUCCAAAAGGUUUUGUGUUUGAAAAAAACACACUCAUUCAGUUAUGGGUUGCUGAGGGUUUCAUUCAACAAUCAAAUGAUAUUAGAUGUGUAGAAGAUGUUGGUCAUGAGUACUUCAUGAGUUUGCUUUCAAUGUCCUUCUUUCAAGAUGUCACUGUAGAUGAUUGUGGUGGCGUAAGUACUUGUAAAAUGCAUGACCUUAUGCAUGAUCUAGCACAGCUAAUGGUCGGGAAUGAAUAUGUCGUGGUUGAAGGAGAAGAAGCAAACAUUGGAAUCAGAACACGUUAUUUGUCAUCUCGUUGUACUGAACUACAGUUAGCUCCAACAUCAUUUUCCUACAAGUUAAGGACAUUUCUUUUACAUCCACAGAUCAAUGCAAGCAAUUAUUUGCGUCAGUCAUACAAUCUUUCCUUGUCAGGCCUAAAAUUCUUACGUGUGUUGACACUUUGUGGGUUGAAAAUUGUAGCAAUCGCUAAUAGUUUUGAAGACAUGAAGCAUUUAAGAUAUCUCGAUCUAUCACAGAAUACUGCACUGGAACAUCUUCCAUCGGGCAUUACUAGCCUACAGAACUUGCAAACUUUAAAGCUUUCUGGAUGUGCUGAUCUCAGGAUAUUACCAGAAAAUCUCAAUAAAAGUCUGAGGCAUAUUGAGUUGAAUGGUUGCAAUAGAUUGACAUGUAUGCCACAGGGGUUAGGAAAGUUGACUAAUCUUCAAACACUAACAUGUUUUGCACUGAGAAAUGGAAGUACAAGCAUCAAUGACUUGGGUGAGCUAAACAACCUUAGAGGGAGAUUAGAAAUAAAAGGAUUGGUUUUCCUGCGAAAUAAUGCUGCAGAGGUUCAAUCUGCAAAAGUACUUCUUGGGAAGAGACACCUUCAACAAUUGGAAUUGCGGUGGUUGUAUGAUGACAAUUCCCAUCCAUGGUUGUCACCACCGUCAUUAUCCAUUGGACAAAAAAGAUCCUGGUUGGAAGAUGAGAUGAUUUUACAAGGCCUGCAGCCAUACCACUCACUUCAAAAACUAGUUAUUGAUGGAUUUUGCGGCAAAAGUUUACCAGACUGGAUAGGGAAUCUCUCAUCACUAUUGACUCUUGAGAUCCACAAUUGCAAUUGCUUGACAUCACUACCUGAAGCAAUAUGUAACCUUGUAUCUUUGCAGAAACUUUGCAUUUAUAACUGCUUACUGUUACAAGAAAGAUAUGGAAGAUCAUAUGGUAAAGAAUGGCGGAUAAUCUCUUCCAUCCGAGAAGUUGAGAUACUUCCUAUGAAACCAUCAUUGCUUAAGUAUUUUAGUUGAGUCAAAAUAUUUCCUCAAUCAUGGAGGUGUUUCUGAAUCUAUUCUCUUGUAUCAAUCAACAUUUUCUGACAUUAUGGUACAUAUUGCCUUCAACGAGAGGUCAGAUUUUUGCAGAAAUUACUGAAACAUCAGGUGACUAAAAGUCCUGGUUUGCAGAUUGUCUAAUUUACCGCCUUCAGAUUCUCCGAUGGGCCACUUACACCUAAUUCUUUGAGUUCGACCGAUUUUGUUCCGUUGUGUUUCAUCGAGACUGGGGGACCUACUCAUGUGUGUUCGAGGGUAAGGCUUGAUUUCUUAGGAUCCAAAGGACCAAUGCUGUAGAAGAUUUACUUUGCUCGAAGAUGCACAUGCAUUGGUUGCAAGUGACUGUUUACAAAGACAGUUUGGUUUUCCCACAUGAACCCUGAGGUGCAUGUUCUAUUGCAGAUGUUGCUUGGAUUUCCAAUACUUUUAUCAGUUGUUUCACUUUUCAUGUUAAGGAUAACUCAAUGAAGGAAGAGUUAGUUACUUGUAAGUCAAGUUAGUAGGUGUUUGUUACUUGCAACUAACCAAUUUGUUAGGAGUUAGUUGUAUUGUUGUUAGCAGCUUUUCAUUGUAUUGUAUCAUAUAUAAGGAUCUGACAUAGCAUUGUAAACUUUAGAUUUGUGUUGUGAUCAAUACAUUUUCUUCUUCUCUGCGCC